UUAACACUCGCUCGGAUCCGGACUCCGAUGCGUCAGGGAGAAAAACAAACUCCAGGAGAAUAACAGAUGCGCGAGAGCAACGAAUUCCUGCCACUAUUAAAAUCGAGUGUUGAAUCGUGGCCUCUGCAGACACCCUGCCGAAUGUAAACACACACCAGCGCCAGAGAAGGAUCCGGUCCUGUCGACAAGACCACAACAUGGCAGCCAGUUGGUUGCCUGCAAAUUCCGAAAGCGGCCUUUCAAACCGAAGCAGCAGCUUCUUCAAAUUGAUUGACACAUUCACCCUGGAAAUUGGUCAACUGACAAAGGAGAUGGUCCAGACACCUCCUGCAUUAGACACAAAGCCUGAAGAAAUACCAAGGUUGGAAACCGAGGUGAGCGGCGUUUACCUCCACUCUCCCUGCGACACCACGCCGGCAGGAGAGAGGGAUUCUGGCUACGACUCCUUACGGAGGCGGAUGAGCGUCCUGGACAGACUCACCCAGACACACCCAGUUUGGCUUCUGCUGGCCGUGAGCGAAGAGGAGGCUGGACACAUACUGAGCAAACAACGGCCGGGGGGUUUCCUGGUGAGGAAGUCCGUCAGUCUUCAGAGGAAGGUUUUGUCUGUACGUCAGCGAGACGAUCAGUCAGAAAGUCGAAUAAGCAACUUCCCCGUCCGAGAGAGUCAAUACACCUUCUCUCUGGAGGGAUCGGGAAUAAGCUUUGCUGAUCUUUUUCGCCUGGUGGCCUUUUACUGCAUCAGCCGAGACGUCCUUCCAUUUACUCUCAAGCUGCCGGAAGCCAUUGCUUCUGCCAAGACCCAGAAGGAGCUGGAGGAGGUGGCUCAGCUUGGAGCAGGAUUCUGGAAUUCUUCCUUGUUCACUCAGUGUCGCACCUCCCCCCAUGCCAGUCGACCACUGAGCCGAACUCUGAGCCCACAGCGGACUAAUAAGAACGAGGAGGUCAAGAGCACAGCGCAGAAACAGCCCGGCUCUCACUCAGACAGCGCUCCGCCAACAUUGCGGCCUCUGGUCACCUCCUCUUCAAACUGUCUUGAGAAGAAGAAGUCAAGUGGUCCUCUCUGCUUCGUCAACCCGCUGUUUCUCCAAACGCAUCAGCACCAGUUCAAAGAGGCGUCUACUUCCAUCGCUGUGAACGCAGAGGAUGCAAAACCAGAGGUGGUAAAGCUGGCGAGUCAAGAGAGUGAACCACACUGCAACAAAAUCAAGGUGAACGGAAAAUCCAGGCCCCCUCCGCCACGGCCCCCACCCCCGCGCCUGAUGUCACGGAGGCGCCCGGCACCCCCUCCGCCUGGUCCACCAGCAAGCACCACCAGGUCGAAGAGCAUGUCAGAAGCUGUUACUGCAUCUUCAAGACAGCAACACUCAUCAAGCAAACGGCCAGCGCCAGCGAGACCUCUGAUGGGCGCCAAGCAGAGCAGCAGUCCCUCUAAAACUGUCAGCUCACCGAUCACCGUGCCCACAAAUAGACCACCACAGAGGCCAAGCAAGCCAGAUCUGGAUGCCCAUCGUUGCAACAUCGCUCUGGACGACGAGACAAUAGCGAAAGCCGUGUCCCGGGCCAAGCUCGCCUCAUCUUCUGUUCCUGAUGAUUCUCUCCUGGAGAAAAACUCCGGGAGCCCAUCCACCCCGAUCGCGAGGAGCCGGCAGCGUCUAAGUGACAUGAGCAUGUCGACUUCCUCGUCCGAUUCACUGGAGUAUUCACAGUCACCUGAAUAUUCCUUGGAAUUUCCUCAGAGCCCGCCUUGCCAUCUCAGCAGUCAGGAUCAAGUUGAAGACAGCAGCGAAGAAGAGGAGGAGGGCGAUGAGGAAGAGGAGGACUACGGGGUCAGCCUGGAGAACGAUCUAGAAAUGCGCCUUCGCCCGUCUUUCAGAGUACGGCGGCGAAAGGUUGGCGUCAGCCUGAGCGGAGGGUCGUUCAUCCUCCCGAGAGCCUUGAAAGGACGUUUCCGCAAGGUGAGCGGGAUGCUCAGCUCUUUGGUGACACCCGAGCGACGGACAGUCAAAAGGAUUUCUCAGUUAUCUCGGGACAAAAGCUCUUAUUUUGGUUCACUGGUUCAAGACUACAUCAGCUUUGUCCAAGAGAACAGGGGCUGCCACACAUCAGGAGUGGAUUUUCUCCAAACACUAAGGCAAUUCAUGACCCAGAUGAAGGCUUACCUGUGCCAGAGCUCUGAGCUGGAUCCUCCGAUAGAGUCCCUCAUACCUGAGGACCACAUCGAUCAGGUGCUCGAGAAGGCCAUGCACAAGUGUGUUUUGAAGCCCCUGAAGAGUGUGAUCGACGUGGCUUUGCAUGAUUUCCAGGUCAACAGUGGAGUAUGGCAACAGCUAAAGGAGAAUCUUGCCAUCGCCAAGACAAAACUGCCCCAGGAGCUGGGAGUGGACGGAGCAGUGCCACCUGACCCGGUCGCUAUUGAGCGGAUCCGACACAAGUUUCUCAACAUGAGGAAAAUGUACUCCCCGGAGAAGAAAGUGUCACUGCUGCUGCGUGUCUGCAAACUGAUCUACACCAUCAUGCAGGACAACUCAGGGAGGAUGUAUGGCGCCGAUGACUUUCUACCCAUGCUGACCUACGUCUUGGCCCAAUGCGACAUGCCUGAGCUGGAUUCUGAUAUCCAGUACAUGAUGGAGCUGCUGGAUCCGUCUUUGCUUCAAGGAGAAGGUGGCUACUACCUGACUAGUGCUUACGGAGCCAUGGUGCUGAUCAAGAACUUCCAAGAGGAGCAGGCAGCCCGGGUGCUGAUCUCUGAGGCCAGGAACACCCUCCAGCAGUGGCACCGCAGACGCACCGCCCAGCGCUCCAUGCCCACAGUUGACGACUUCCAGAAUUAUCUCCGCGUCGCUCUUCAGGCGGUGGACAUCGGCUGCACAGCAAAAACUCUGAUUGUCCAUCCGUACACCACCACGGAAGAGGUCUGCGCGCUGUGCGCCUACAAGUUCAAGAUCUCAGAGCCGGAGAAUUAUGCGCUCUUUCUGAUCACAGAGGAAACCAGCCAGCAGUUGGCCCCAGACACACACCCCCAGAGAAUCAAAGCAGAGCUUCACAGCCGCCCCAGAGCUCAGAUCUUCCAUUUCCUCUACAGGAGGAUGUCAAACUUGAACCUCUGCAUUCCAGCCGCCGACAUACACAAUGGAAACUGUAUUGAAGUCGAGUAGUGGCCAGUAAACAUUGUGAAUCACUGCAACCCACCUGGAAACUCUCUGUAAUCUAAGAUUUCUGAAGCUCUUUGUUUUCAAAAUAUGCCCAAAUUGUUACGUGCCACUGCGAGACUGGGCAUUGUCUGUCGCUGGGCAAGUAUUUUGGGAAAUGGGUCAAAUGAAUGAAGGUUACCAUUGACCACACAGAGUUGCAUGGUCAGAUUAUUUUUUGUUGAGGAUCAUUCGAGAGGCUCUGUAAACGUUAUGACCAGCUGUUACUGAGAAAAGCUGUCACUCCUGACACUGACACUAAGGUGUCAGUUGCUCUCAUCAUAACAAGAUGAUACAACUGUGUAGUUAAUGCCCAGUGUGUUCAACAUUCAUUCAAUUUUAUUAGUGGAGUAAUAUCUGGAAGUGUGACUGUCCACACUUUUGGGUGCUGAAAUGAGAGAAACAGUAAGAUGUUCUGAAGAAGGACCUUUGAAUGUGACGGCAUGGAAUGUUUCGCAGAACAUGUGAUGGAGCUUUUGGAUGGUUUUUAGGAAGUUGAGCGACGCUCCAAUGUCAGUGGAGGUUGAUGCUCCGGGUUCAAAAUCAUGCAAGUACGGUGAACGUUUUGUAACUCAAUGACGGGCUGAUUUACGAGCUGUUGGUGUGUACUAUAUGAAGUACAGAAACAAGUGUUGGAGACACGUAUCCCUUGGUUUUGACAGGGCAGGUUUGGUGUGAUCACGAAGCAAACCAAGAACAACCUUUCUGAGAAAAACUGAAGUGUUUUUGAUUCAUUGGAAAGUAAUGUUAGGGGAUAUGAGAAUUUCAUAACAAGUCAGUGUUUUUGUGUCAAUAUAAGGACGGACUGUUGUUCCUAAAAGAGGAUGGAAAAGUCCCCACAGCAUCAAGUCCCCACCAGCGUUUGCCAUUCAAAAGAUGCUAAAAGUUGCAAUAUCUACCAUGAGAUUUCUCUUUGAGGAUAUGUGCAAUGAAUUUCCUUUCAAAACACCCUUUUUUUCCAUCUUUAAAAGACACAAACAAUUGUGCGCUUUCUUAGUUUAGUGCAUUCAAACCUUGUAAAUCGACUCCUUAGACUCAACUGCUGUAAUCCUAUGUGCCUUAAAAGGAUCCCAUCAUUUUGUUUCUCCUUAAACAGUCACAUCUGUAUCCAUGUUCUAUUAUCAGCUUUUAUUUUAUUUCUGUUUUUUAGCAAUUGCUGGUCAAUUGUUGCAUAUAUUGCUUGGAAGACUAUUUUUAUAUAUCUAAUGAUUUUGGUUCACUGGACUGGACUGCUUGUUAUUCUAAGUCAUGUUGAGGAAGAAAGCGUAUUGGACAAGAGCUGUGCAGUAAUGUGUCAAAAAAGUGAUUUUUUUUUUUCCUGUAUCUUGUUCUGUUCUCAGUAGCAUAGAACAACACAAAUGCACCGAUAAAAGGGCCAACCUCUUGAAGCUCUGCGGCCAGUCAUUUUUUUUUGUAAUAAUUGGCCACAUAACAGAACAAAUAUUUAGUGACCCAGAUUUAAAUAUGCCAGAGAAUCCAAUCAUUCAUUUGUUAAAGGGAAUCGAAAGAGUUCGACUCUACUCUGGUAUUGUUUUCAAUCGCUCAUAUUCAUGUUGUUGUGGAAACACAGGCUUUGUAUUUCGAGGAACAGGAUUUUUAAUUGUCUGUAAAAAAAUGUGUCUGACAAUGAAUAACAGAGGUUGGUUUUUCAAAGAAAUAAAUAAAAGUUAUAAAUUUAAAAUGCUGCCUGGAU